AUGUAUCGAAUCACGAAUAUCUAUGGAUGCCAUGAUUACAAAGCGCUGGCUGCCUUUGGCACCAUUGGUGGCGCCCUGUUCGGAUUUGACGUUAGUUCCAUGAGCGCAUGGAUCGGCUCGGAGCAAUAUCUCGAUUACUUCAAUUACCCAGACUCGAAUUUGCAGGGAGGUAUCACUGCUUCCAUGUCCGCCGGAUCGUUUGCGGGUGCCAUCGCUGCGGGACCAAUAUCAGAUCGUUUGGGCAGACGAUAUGCCCUGAUGAUUGCUUCUUUAAUCUGGGUGGUUGGCGCUGCAAUCCAGUGCAGUACCCAUAGUGUGGGCCAGUUAAUCGCUGGUCGCGUAGUGAGCGGCCUUGCAGGUACUUUUUUCUACUCUUCGCUACUCAGUUGGCUUCGACUGAUCAUUCUCCGUAUAGUUGGCAUUACCUCGUCACAAGUCAUUGUCUACCUUGCCGAGCUCUCUCCAGCCCGGAUUAGAGGACGAAUAGUCGGCAUACAACAAUGGGCAAUCGAAUGGGGCAUACUGAUUAUGUAUUUAAUCGCGUACGGCUGCUCUGUGGGAGUAUCCGGUCCCUCUGCAUUCAGGAUUGCCUGGGGAAUUCAGGGUAUCCCCGGCCUUAUUUUGUUCGCAUCGUUGUUCUUCUUCCCCGAAUCACCGCGUUGGCUAGGAUCAAAAGAGCGGUGGGAGGAAUGUCUCGAUACCCUGGCCGCAAUUCAUGCGAAUGGUGAUCGCAGCGACCCUGUUGUUCAAGUGGAAUUCGAGGAAGUCAGGGAAGCUGCCCGUAUUGCCCAUGAGGCCAAGGACAUCUCCUUUCUUGCUCUAUUUGGCCCUCGCAUCUGGAAGCGAACUAUGUGUGGAAUGACAGUGCAGAUGUGGCAGCAACUUCUCGGUGGUAAUGUUGCCAUGUACUAUGUUGUCUACAUCUUUGAGAUGGCCGGGAUGUCUGGAAACACGACACUUUAUUCUUCGGCCAUUCAAUAUGUCAUUUUUCUCGUUACUACAGGCAUCAUGCUGCCCCGUGUCGACCGAAUCGGCCGCCGGCCACUAUUGAUGUUUGGCUCCGUUGCAUGUAUGAUAUGCCACUUUACAAUUGCAGGACUCAUGGCAAAUUAUGGCCACUGGGUCCCGGAAGUCGAUGGAAACAGCAUUCUUCGAUGGUCCAUUACCGGUCCACCGGCCAAGGGUGUCAUUGCUUUCUCGUACAUCUUCGUUGGUUUCUACGGUCUUACCUGGGCCCCAGGUGCAUGGAUCUAUGCCUCAGAGGUCUUCCCUCUCAAGUACCGAGCCAAAGGCGUGGGCCUCUCCGCGGCAGCGAAUUGGAUAUUCAACUUUGCGCUAGCAUAUUUCGUAACGCCUGCUUUUACAAACAUCCAAUGGAAGACGUAUAUCAUCUUUGGAAUAUUCUGCUUUGUGAUGACUUUCCAAAUUUUUUUCACAUAUCCAGAGACCGCGCAAAGAACACUGGAGGAGAUCGACCUUGUCUUCGACACGGAUGUGAAACCCUGGCGGACUGCUCAAAUCAAGGGCCUCUUUGAAGAGGAAAUCCAGCACCAUCGGGAGGAAAAAGCUACCGUUGAACAGAAGGAUUUUGCUGAUGCUGCUAGUCAUCAUGAAGAGGUGUAA